AUGGCGAUGGAGAUAUUUGACUUUGAUUGCGAUUGCGACUGGGGCACAGAGCUGGCAGGCGACGAGGAGACUGUGCCCGAACAGCUCCGGCAUCGUCACAGUAAGGACCGCGCAGUGAUGAUGAAAAAGAAGGCACAAAUUGCUCCGAAGGGUAGCAGUCGCUCAUCAAAAUGGAAGGGCGUGACAAAACACAAGAUAACUUCGCGAUGGGAGGCGCAUCUGUGGGACGCCACCUUCGAGCGACGCAAAUCGAGUAAAUCUGGACGCCAACGUGGUCGUCAAGUUUACCUUGGUGGAUGGCAGUCAGAACUGGAUGCUGCCCGCGCGUACGAUUUGGCCUCGCUCCGUUACUUUGGAACGAGAUCACCGCUGAACUUUCCUCGCGAAAACUACGCCGAUGAGCUUAAAAUAAUGCAAGAAUAUACGUGUGCUGACUGGGUUGCGGAGAUACGGCGGAAGAGCUCUGGCUUCAGCCGUGGCCGCUCUCGGUUCCGAGGCGUGACGUCUCACAAGGGGAAGAACUCGAAAGGCAAGUGGGAAGCUCGCAUUGGAAGAGUCAUGGGAAAUAAGUACUUGUACCUAGGGACUUUUCCAUCUGAGCGAGCGGCCGCCGAAGCUUACGAUUUGGCGGCUCUUCGCUUUCGCGAUUCGAAGGCUGUGACGAACUUUGAUCGAUCAAACUAUUCAGAGGAAGACAUCAAAAACGCCGCGAACGAUGCGAAGAUUGUUUGA